AUGCCUCAUUCCACACACCCUGGACAGAUUACUCUGACUUCUUCUGAUGACUCGACUGACCCACAGGACCCUGAGUCCUUAUCUGCCGUCGACCUCAGCAAUCUAUUCUUUGAGGCUGCUUCCGAUGUACACUUCAAAGCCAGAACUAGUGAUUGCGGACCCUCUUUCCUCGCCACAUGUAUGAGGAGGUUGAUCGCCAAUAUAUUAGCGGCAGAUUCCGCUGCGAAAAUUGACGAGGGGUUAUCUACUUCGCUAGCAAUAUCGAGUGGGUCAAAAAUGGCUUCAAAGUCAAAUCAACUAGCUGACUUGGCGAACCGGGCAGUCGGUUUUCAAUGCAGCCUGGAGCGACGUUUCGGCUGCAGUCUAGAACCAGAAAAGCAGGGAUGCUUGUCUAAAACGUCAGAUGUUUCAGGGGAAUUGCUCGUCAGUGAAGUGGAUUGGGAUAGCGAAGAUGCUCCCGUUAUUGUGAACGAGUGA